AUGGAAGAUUUAAACAACUUUACUUUAGUUGAAGCGGAUAUUUCUGAAAUGAAUGAGCAAGCAAUGAUAGAUAAACUGAAUUCUGAUCAAAAAAAAGUAUUUGAUACAGUCACUAAUAAAAUUACAAACAAAAAAGAAAUAUUGCGACAUUUUGUUAGUGGCACCGGUGGCACCGGAAAGAGCUAUUUAAUAAAAACCUUAAAAAUAUGGAUUAAAAACAACCUGCAUAAAAAUGUUGCUAUUACUGCCCUGACUGGAAUUGCAGCAUUUAACGUAAACGGAUUAACUGUUCACAGAUUACUACAACUGCCCGUUGAGCAUAAACAAACUCCUAAAUACAAACCGCUUUCAGACGAAGUACUUCAAGUUUUAAGGACAGACUUAAAAACUGUCGAAUUAUUUAUUAUAGAUGAAGUGUCUAUGAUAUCUAAUGUAACUUUAGCCUACAUAAAUCUUCGUUUAUGCGAAGUGUUUGAUACUUCUGAUGUAGAAGAUGGUUGGUUUGGAAAAAAACAUAUUUUAGUGCUUGGGGAUCUUUUGCAACUUCCACCCGUUAGAGAAAAGUCGCCAUUUGAAAAACUAACCCCUUCAGAAAUUAAUAAACUUAUAGGCUCCUUAAGUAUUCCAAACUUAUGGGCUGAACUUUUUACUUACGACGAACUUACGUUGAAUAUGAGACAGCUGGAUGAUUCUACAUUUGUAGAAAUGUUAAAAAGAAUCAAAGUAGGAGUGACAACUCAAUCAGACAGAGAUAUACUGUCUAACCGAUUGAUACCUCUGCUCUCGCAUUCCAAUAAAGGAAGGUUAAUGGAAAUAGCACAAUGUUUGAGGGACUUACCAGAAGAUACUGUUUGUUUACUACCGACUAGAAAUAUGUGUAUGCAGUUAAAUGAUGCAAUGUUAAAAGCGAUUCCGCACCCCGAGAUGAAGUUAGUUGCUAAAGAUUCCUUGGAUUGUUCAAAAUGUAUGAUAACGAAAGCUCGGGCGUGUUUACAAAAAUAUGAAGAUGAUGCGUCGGUGACUGCUGGACUGGAAGAAACUAUAAUUAUUAAAGAGGGAGCUAAAGUAAUGCUUAGGAGAAAUAUUGAUGUUAGUUUAGGUUUAGUGAAUGGAUCGAUAGGCGUUGUACAAAAAGUGAGGUGGGACCCGGAAGACCGAACAAAGCCUGAACAAUUGGUAGUCAAAUUCGCUAAUAAUUUGAUUCACGAAUUAUUGCCUAUUAAGUCAAAAUUUGAGAUCAUACCCCGGGCAUACGUGUACAGAGAACAAUUCCCAAUCUGUGUGGCGUAUGCCCUAACAAUUCACAAGAGCCAAGGUCUAAGUCUAAAAAAUGCCCUCAUGGACAUUGGCACCUCCAUAUUCACUUGUGGCCAAGCCUACGUGGCGCUUUCACGAGUAACCAAUCUUCAUGGGGUGCAUCUCAUAAAUGUUGACUUCAAGAGUUUAAAAGCUCAAGCUUCAGCAAUCACCGAAUACAACCGGCUUAGGCGUAAAUACCGCGCCGAUCUUUCAGAAAUUAAACCAUCUAAACCGUCUAAAAGUAUAAAUAAUGAACGCGAAUGGGCAAUACGAAAAACUGUUGCUACUGUACAAGAAUUAGAACCGGAAAAAAAGAAUAGAAAGAAUUGUAAUAAUAAAAAAACUACACCUAAAAAGAAAAAAAAAUGUGUCAAAUAA